GGGAGAGAGGGAACUGCCAAUCAUCUUUUUGGCCAUUCUCACCACUCUGCACCUGUCUGAAGCAGUGAUGCUUCCAAACCUGACUGUAAUGCUGUAUGACAGGAUGAAUUGAAUUGAAUUGAAGAAAUGUGCUUCAAUGUCUAGAAUAAUUUCAUAUUUAAAAAGUAAACCUGAUAUAGAAUUCAGUUAUAAUUAAAGACCAUUCUUAGACUAUAACUUUAUAUAUAGAUUUGUACCACACUCCCAAUUAGGCCUUUUCUACAUUUUCUACAUAAAGUCUGCAUUUUAAUUUUAUGGAAAGUGAAAUUUUUAGUAUUGAUUAGAGUUUGGCUUUAGUUAUUGAUUUAUAUUGUGUUAACUAGCAUUGGGAUUAUGGUUUUUACAAUUAGAAUUACAAAACAUGUUUUAAGGUGAUAUAUUUAAAAUAAACUUAGCUUCAAAUAAUUAAUCUUAUAAGUCCAUGGCAUUAAAACCAAAUAAGCACUGAAUGACAAUUACACUGUUUGUUUUUCCUCCAUGUAGGAAUAAUGGCAGGCUCUGGAGAGCGCAAAGGAAAGAAGGAUGACAAUGGAAUUGGCACGGCUAUUGAUUUUGUGUUGUCAAAUGCUCGACUUGUACUGGGAGUGGGAGGUGCUGCUGUGCUGGGGAUUGCUACCUUGGCUGUCAAACGGAUGUAUGACAGAGCAAUUAGUGCUCCAGCCAGCCCCACCCAUUUAAGCCAGUCAGGAAAGAGAAGCUGGGAGGAACCAAGCUGGCUUGGGUCAUCAUCACGAUUACUGAACCAAGACAUGAAGACAAAUCUUAGCCGUUCUCUGCAAACUCUGCCCACAGAUGCUUCAGAUUUUGAAAUAGAUUCAGUCAAACCUAUAAAGCAUAAAUCACCUGCUAAGAGAAGCCAGGUGGAAUUGAAGAAAUCCCACCUUCGGAUGUCCUUGCAAGAAAAACUGUUUGCUUAUUAUCGGAGAAAGGUGGCUAUCUCUGUAGAAGAACAGACCAAAGCCAAGCAAGCUGCUGUGGAUAUCUGUGCCGAAUUACGCAGUUUCCUCCAUACCAAAUUGCCAGACAUGCCUCUGCGUGAAAUGUAUCUGAGUGGUAGCCUCUGUGAUGAUUUACAGGUUGUGACAGCUGAUCACAUCCAACUUAUUGUUCCUCUUGUGCUAGAACAGAAUUUAUGGUCAUGCAUUCCAGGUGAAGAAACCAUUAUGAACAUCCCUGGCUUUUGCCUAGUACGUCGGGAAAACCCAGAAUAUUUUCCUCGUGGUAGCAGUUAUUGGGACCGCUGUGUAGUGGGGAGUUACCUCUCACCCAAGACUGUAUGUUGUACCUUUGAGAAAGUAGUGGCUGGCUCCAUCAACUGGCCAGCAAUUGGAUCCCUCCUAGAUUAUGUGAUCCGUCCAGUUGCUCCCUUAGAAUCUCUAACUUUGGAGGUCCAGUAUGAACGGGAUCGGCACCUUCUAAUAGACUUUUUACCAUCUGUGACACUAGGUGAUUCUGUAUUGGUAGCCAAGCCACACCGACUGGCCCAAUAUGAUAAUCUAUGGCGACUCAGCCUUCGGCCAGCAGAGACAGCUCGCCUGCGGGCCUUGGACCAAGAUGAUUCUGGUUGCCGUUCUUUGUGCCUCAAGAUCCUCAAGGCUGUAUGUAAACUGAACCGAGUUCUGUGUUGUCUUUCUGCCAGCCAGCUUACCAAUGUAAUUUUACACCUGACCCAAGAAGAAACUGAUUGGUCACAAAAUGUAAUAGCUGACCGUUUUCUUCAGGCAUUGAGAAAACUAAUAGGCUAUUUGGAAGAAGGAAUUCUUCCGAGUGCUUUAAAUCCCAAGGUGAACUUGUUUUCAGAGCUUACUACUGAAGAAGUAGAUGAGUUAGGCUAUACACUGUACUGUUCACUUUCAGAACCAGAACUCCUGCUGCAAAUGUAAUCGCUGCCUUAAGUGUGAGUUAGUGUUAGAACUACUUGCCAUGACAAUUUGUCUUCUGAGUGAGUUAUGCACAUCUUGCCCUGGUUAUUUUGCAAAUCUGCCUUUGUAUUUUUACUGUUAUUAAAUAGGAGGGGGGGGGGCAUUAGAUUCUUGGUGCUACCAGUCUAGUUCCACUACACUCAAGGAACUGGAGGAAGAAGCAACUUUGAAGAUUUGCUCAAUUUGCUAUAAAGUUCUUACUGAUGUAUCCGCUGAUGGAGUCCCAACAUAUGCUGUAUUUCCUGUAACAGUUUGUAUUUUGCUGCAGUGAAAAUUCUUACCUAUUUCAAAAGUGUAAAAUUGCCACUAACAAUUUUAAGAACCUCCAAUGUAUAAUAAGCUUUGUUCCUAUUGAUUGGUGAUUAUUUUUUCCCUUUUUAUUACAAAAGUGCUUGACAGAAAAGCUUCAAGUAUUUGUAGCAGGAUAUAUAUUUGUGAGUUCUGUACAUUGAUUAUAUUAUAUUGUCUAAAUUUAAGCAUGUUAACUUAAAUGUAUGUGACACUCAGAGUGAUGAUAACCCCAUAUUUUUAAAUCUGAGUGCAUAUUGUCUAGGACUUGCUACUUUGCCCGAUUGGAGUCCUUCACUGCACAUGCAUAUGCAUAUAAGGUCCUCAAUACACUCUUGGUUGAAAAACUGGUAGAAGAUUGCUAAUUGAUGCAGAGGAAUGUAAGAAAGUAAAUUUCAUAUUCACUGCUUUUGAAAUUAUUUGCCCAUGUAAUUGAGAAAUUAGGGAAUAUCAUUAAGGCACAGAGCAGGACACUUGAAAUAAAGAUUCUUGAAUAAGUGCUAUGGCACUUCUAAAAAUUUUGUGCCUUAAAAUCAUACAAAGGGUAGCUGAGAGGUGACUGUAUGCAAAACUGAAGAAGGCAAAGAUGCUUUGGUUGGCAUAACUUCAUUUGCUGUACUUGUUAUUGAUGGUCAGAAAUGUCCAGUCUGAUUUUGAAGCACCUUUGCCCUCUUCAGUUCUGAAUAUUGCAUACCAUUAAUGCUUGAACUUCAAAUCAUUGGCUAGCUGGUGAACGUAUGGAUACUGAUGUAUACUUCCUGACGGUUUUAUCUAUAAACUAUUGGGCACAGGCAAUUAGAGAAAAUGACACUACUGGAGGAAAGCAAAAUAGUUUUAAGUGAAAAAUAUGUAUUAUGCCGUUUAUAUAUUUAAAGGAGAUGGCAUAUACUAUAUAUUUAACAGUUUGAUCCAGUUAUAUUCAAGAAAGUAUCAGCACUUUUUCUCCUAUGUGGUCUUCCAUACAUAAUUUAUAUAACCCUCUUCUUAAUCUCUAUGCAUUCUCUAAAACAAUAUAACAUAUAGGGAGGAGCUGCAAUAGCUGUAUCUCCUGCUUUGCAGAUACAAGCAUGUCAUGGUGAAUGUGUAAUCUCUUGGGAAUAUAUGGUUUGUUAAUGCUGCUAUCAUCUGGUACUACUUCCAUCUUCCCCCAAGGAAAAAAAAAUAGGAGGUACUCUAAGAGAUGAAACUGUCAAACCUGCAUAACAAGUAUUACUACUGUAAUACAUAGGUAAUUCUGAGGGUUGCCUUGUUUCAAAUAUCCGCCCUCAACAUUAAAGGGCAGAGUGGAUGAGAUAAUCUGCAGGUCUUGGGAGUUGAACAUAAAUCUUCCAUAUUCUUUCUGUUGAAAGUGCUGCUUGCUAAGUCUACAUAUGCUUCAGAACUGAUUUGAAAGAAGGGGUUUGGUCCUUUGCACAGAAUCAUUUGAUAUUCAUUAAAGUAGCCAGUUCUUUUUCAGAAUGCUACUUACAGAGUUGUGUUAAAUUUAAUGAAUGGAAUCCAUAAAGCAGUGGAAGCCUGAAAAAAUGAAUUUAAUGAAUAGCAGAGAGCUACUUUUUCUUUUCUUCAAAGAAAAAUAAGUCCAGCUGCCUCUUGAAAAAAGCAGCUUUGGAACAACCGUGACCUGGAUGACUGAGAAUCUCCAUAGACCCAGAGUUGCUAGAUUCAUGCAAGUCCAAAAUGUUUUUUUCAAAUCACUUUCAAAGUAUGACCCUAGUGCUUAUGUUAUUAAGAUAUUCUUCAGUUUAGUUGUAGGUAUGGAGAGUGCACCACUCAUAUUUUGAGAUCAGAUUGUCUUUUACAGAUAUAUAUAUUGUGGCAAUGGAAUCAGUAUUAUCCUAAUUUAAGUUUCAGUGUUAUAGCCAAAGACAGAAAGUUAUCAUUGAGUGCUUGGCAAUUUGUAACCUGGGGAAUAUUUAAUUUUUCUUUUUACUGAUUAAUAUAGUUUCCAGAAUACAUUCCUCCCCAUUCUCAACCUUCCUGCUCCAUGUGUUGAUGAAUACCUACAUAGACAUUAUGCGGUUAGAGACUUUGCUUUGGGGCCCAUUGUUCUCCAUCUUUGCUCCCCUGUUCUUUUUGUCCCUUAGCCUGCUGUUGGUUUAGAACAGGAAAGCAAAUCACAUCUGAGGCAAGAAUUAGAAGAAUCCAGUAUCUCUUGCAUUCCCACUUAUCUAUUAUUUUUAAAAAAUUGCAAAAAUAUUUUAUUUUCUUAAAUUGUUAUGAGGUUGAAUAUUAUAUGUAGCUUUAAGCAACUAUCCCUGUGACAGUAAGAUGCCAUUUUGGGUUUUUUUUUCACUUUCAUGUCUUUUAUUUCCUACAGAGCAAUGAUGAAUUGGGUUUUUUUCUUUGAAAUAUGUAAAAGAUAUUUCACGAUAAGGCUAAUAAUAUAACAUUGCCACUGCCAUCAAUGCAAGUGGAAAGCCAAUGAUAGCAGCUGAUGGUCUCAAGCUGAGGAGCCCAAGUCUGCUCAUCCUGCAAUAUAGGUGCCAAACCAAUCAGUAGAAACUGCAAUUUUGACCAGCUAGCUGAAUAAUAAAUGUAAUUGUCUUUACUUGGCACUGCUGACCUCCCAGGUUUGAUGGAAUACUUGGGACAUUUGCCCAAGCUGAAAUGUAUAAGAGGGUUGGAGGAAAGAAUUCUAAUGGUCUGUAACCAUGUAUAAAAGUUGUGAAAUAAAAUCGUCCACAACCAUGUGACUCUUUAAA